AUGUCUGUGGAGUCCUAUCUGCCCAGCUGCCUCAUCGCGGAGGCUUUAGCUGUAGUAUGUGCCGGCGCAUUUGGACUCGCAAAGGGAAGUCGGGCUGCAGCAGCUGCAAGCCUGCUCUGCGCUGCUCUUCUGGUUGUGUUUAGACAGGCUGCGCUGGCUGCCGGUGGGGUGACAGCAGUUUUGGCCGUGGCCACGUACUACAAGUACAACUGCAUCUGUGCAGCAGAGAGCAACAAGACGUUGGAAAUGGCACGCCAGAUGAAGAUCAGCCUCAUGACGGAAGAGGAAGAGGCGUUUCAAACAGCCUCGAAAAAGAUCUACCGGGCCCUGGCCAUCUCCAGCGCCAUCUUGUGUUGCUGCUGCCUCCUCCAAGCCCUGCUGAGCUGA